AAUACUGAAUCAUCAUCAUCAUCAUAUAUAUAUAUUUAUAUCUUAUGUGUUGAUAAUAAGUCUAUAUAGCUUCUUCUUUUCCUGCAGUUCCUCAUUACUAUACUACUCAUAAUUAAUAUACUUAGAAAUGAAUGACGAUACGCCUCCUACAGUGGCGGUGGCUAGAUGGACACCAAGUCCAAGCCCAACAAGAUCUCUUCUCAAAGAUCCACCAAACAACAAUCCCAGUAGUAGGGUGGAGUUGGAGAUGGAGAUCAUGCAAAAUAAUCCUACUAUGGGUUCUCAUGAAUUAGCAGCUGGCACGAAAUUCCCAUUCAGCACUGAAUUUGGUGCUAUUGAAACGGCACCGUCUCAGGGGUACUUUGGCGAUAGCAAGAACAAAGAUAAUCACUCAUCUGACGAGGUUGAAAAGCCUGAGCUGGGAAAAGAAAUGUUAGAUGGCAAUUUUAGUUUGACAUGGGGGGAGUUGGGAGUUAGAGUUUCAGAUGGGAAAAAUGGACCAAAAAUGAUCCUACAAGAUCUCACCGGCUACGCCCAACCAGGCGAGGUUUUGGCCAUUAUGGGUCCUUCUGGCUCCGGAAAGUCCACUCUCUUGGAUGCUUUGGCAGGGAGAUUGAGUUCACGGACCAAGCAGACAGGGAAAAUACUUAUCAAUGGUCGAAAAGAAACACUUGCUUAUGGUAUUUCGGCCUACGUAACACAAGAUGAUACUUUAAUGAAAACGCUAACAGUCAGAGAAGCUGUUUACUACUCAGCACAGCUCCAACUUCCUAAUUCAAUGUCAAGAUCAGAGAAGAGAGAAAGAGCCGAGACAACUAUAAGAGAGAUGGGUUUGCAAGGGUCAAUAGACACAAGAAUUGGAGGUUGGAAUGUAAAAGGCCUCAGUGGUGGACAAAUGAGGAGAGUAAGCAUAUGUAUCGAAAUCUUGACUCGGCCAAAGCUUCUCUUCCUUGAUGAGCCUACUAGUGGUCUUGAUAGUGCAGCCUCUUACCAUGUCAUGAGCCGCAUUGUUAAUCUUGCGCGUCGAGAUGGAAGGACAGUUAUUGCGUCAAUUCAUCAACCAAGCAGUGAAGUUUUUGAGCUUUUCCAUAAUUUGUGCCUUCUCUCCUCUGGUAGAACUGUUUAUUUUGGUCCUGUUUCAAUGGCAGAAGAGUUUUUUACUUCAAAUGGCUUUCCUUGCCCAUCAUUAAGAAACCCAUCUGAUCACUACCUCAGAACUAUCAACAAGGACUUUGAUGUUGACUUAGAGCAAGGUUAUGGCAGCAAUACAAGAACUGAAAAAGCCAUUGACACUCUUGUGAAGUCCUACAAGUCUUCUGAAACUUUUAAACAAGUUAAGCAGCAAGUUUUCAAGAUAUGUCAAAAGAAAGGGAGAAGUGCAGAGAAGAAGGGAAGCCAAGCAAGUUUCCUUACCCAGUGCCUUGUUCUCACUAAGAGAUCAUUUGUGAACAUGUACCGCGAUCUUGGUUACUACUGGCUCCGUCUUGCAAUCUAUAUUGCCUUGUGUUUAUGUGUAGGAACCAUCUUUUAUGACAUUGGCUCUAGUUAUGGCUCAAUUCAGGCUAGAGGAGCAAUGCUGAUGUUUGUAGCAGCUUUUUUGACUUUUAUGGCUAUUGGUGGAUUCCCAUCUUUUGUAGAGGACAUGAAGAUAUUUGGGAGAGAAAGACUAAAUGGGCAUUAUGGAGUGGCUUCAUUUGUAGUGGGGAAUACUUUCUCUUCAAUCCCCUACUUGCUUCUCAUAUCUAUAAUCCCAGGAGCCAUAGCCUAUUACCUUGUUGGACUUCAAAAGAGCGUUGAACAUUUUGCCUACUUUUCAAUCAUGCUCUUUGUAUGUAUGAUGUUGGUUGAGAGCCUUAUGAUGAUUGUGGCAAGCAUAGUCCCAGACUUCCUAAUGGGGAUCAUCACAGGUGCUGGAAUCCAAGGUGUUAUGAUGUUAAACGGUGGUUUUUUUCGCUUACCAAAUGACCUUCCUAAACCAUUUUGGAGGUAUCCAAUGUACUAUAUAGCAUUCCACAAGUACGCAAAUCAAGGAUUUUAUAAGAAUGAGUUUCAAGGAUUGACUUUUCCAAAUCAGCAAGCUGGAGGGGGGAUGUCCACCAUUAGCGGUGAGGAAAUUCUAAAGAGUGUUUGGCAAGUGGAGCUAGGCUAUUCCAAGUGGGUUGAUGUUGGGAUCUUGUUUGGGAUGGUGGUGAUUUAUAGACUCAUGUUUUUGGCAAUAAUCAAGACCAAAGAAAAUAUUAAGCCACUAAUAUGAAGUUUGAAGGUUGUUGGUCCAAAACAAUUAAACCAAAUCACAUAAAAUCAUCUACUCACGAAUAUCUACAUCUUAAACUGAAAUGAGUUUCUAUGAUAGUUUCCAUCCUUGAAUACACAUAUUAGUUAAAAGAUAGCAAUAAUUGAAAUUAGCCUUGAACUUUAUCAUGAAAAAUAAAUUAGUAUGUUUCUUGAUUUUUGUAUUCCAUUUGUUUACUUGUUUGAAAUUUUAGGUAUAAGUUGUAGUUUAUUGUGUAUUAUUUUUAAAAAGAAUAUCACAUUUAUCUUAGAAUUGUAAUAAUUUUUUUAGUAUGAUUUACCUUAGUUGAUUUGAUUGAGAGUA